AUCAGCUGAUACUGGAGGUGUUUUGAUGGAAGUUGCUGUUGUUUGUGGAGAGUUUUUAUUCCUUCUCUUCAAUUCAUUAUAAAGACACAUCAAAAGAUUAAAGUAAUUCGGUGGACUUUGAACUAAUAGUGAGGUUUUGAAUAUUAGCUAAGUGACACGGUUGUAAUUUCAAUUCAUAGCUGCCUGUAUUGCUAUUGAGUCCUCGAUAAUGAAGAAAAUAGCAACGUAGCUGACGUUAGUCAACGCUUUGAGACGUUCUUUGUUUAUGUUGUGCCAGACAAAGCUGCAGUGUUUGGUUUCGUAUUUUUGAAGAUCGCUUUAUAUUUGUUUAUAAUUGUACGUGAAUAUCGAUUACAAUAACGUUACAGGGGAACUAACUAAUGUUAACGAUAGCUAGCUAGCAUAACUACAAGUUACCGACAAUUGUUGUCAAGCUGCUGAGUUGUCCUGUAUAGUCUGAUCAUAAGCGAGACAGCUGAGAUGUUUAGAUAGUGACGAGUGUGGAAAGACUUCAGUCUAGUUGUUGUGUGGUCGUCAUUUGCGCGUCAGUUAGCUCAUCUGCGACCUGUUGGUAGAACUAGCUAACGUACAUGUCAGCCACCAACCUAAAUCUCAGUUGGCUUUGUGUGUAACUUAGCAAGUUGGUUGCGCAAUUCUUGUAUGCUAGCUACUUGUCAGCAAGGAUCACUUCAAAGUAUGCUAACAGUAAUCGCUCGUCGCUAAAUAUGUCGUGUCUUGGUCUCUGAGAACGUACCAUUUGUCCCGCUGUCAAUAUAUUUCAUGGUGUUUUAUGCAAAGCCGUAUUGUUUAUGAAUGAAGUAUUUAUUGUGUUAACUUCAUGUUGUAUAGAAACAAUAGGAGUGUUUAAGAAGAGGAUUAGGCAGUCUAGUAUUAAAGAAAGGUCCAGUUCAGGCACAGGCAGAGAACCUUGUUGAAAAUCCUUCUCCCUACUUGCCAAUGCUGGAUCUGGAAGUUGUUCCUGAAAGAUCUUUAGGAAAUGAACAAUGGGAAUUCGCGUUAGGGAUGCCAUUGGCCCAGGCCAUUUCCAUUUUACAGAAACACUGCCGCAUCAUCAAGAAUGUCCAGGUUCUUUACAGUGAACAAACACCACUUAGUCAUGACCUCAUACUCAACUUGACUCAGGAUGGAAUUAAACUGCUGUUUGAUGCCUGUAACCAGAGACUGAAGGUGAUUGAAGUAUACGACUUGAGCAAAGUUAAAUUGAAAUACUGUGGAGUACAUUUCAACACUCAGGCUAUAGCACCCACCAUAGAGCAGAUUGAUCAGUCCUUUGGCGCCACACACCCUGGAGUAUACAAUGCUGCAGAGCAACUGUUCCACCUGAACUUUCGAGGACUCUCCUUCUCCUUCCAGCUUGACUCAUGGAAUGAAGCUCCCAAGUAUGAGCCUAACUUUGCCCAUGGCUUGGCCUCCCUGCAGAUUCCACACGGGGCCACAGUGAAACGGAUGUACAUCUCGGCUGGGAACAACCUACAGGACACCAAGGCCCCAGUGAUGCCCCUUGCCUGUUUCCUUGGCAACGUUUAUGCAGAGUGUGUGGAUGUGCUGAGGGAUGGGGUGGGGCCACUUGGUCUGAGACUUCGCCUCCUCACUGCAGGAUGUGGGCCCGGGGUGAUGGCUGAUGCCAAGGUGCGUGCCGUGGAGAGGAACAUUUACUUUGGAGACUCCUGUCAGGAUGUGCUGAGCGCUCUGGGCUCGCCACACAAAGUAUUCUACAAGUCCGAAGACAAGAUGAAGAUCCACUCUCCGUCACCUCACAAGCAGGUCCCGUCCAAAUGCAAUGACUACUUCUUCAACUACUUCACCCUGGGGGUGGACUUACUCUUUGAUUCUAGCACACACCUGGUGAAGAAGUUUGUCCUUCAUACUAACUUCCCCGGCCAUUACAAUUUCAACAUAUAUCAUCGAUGCGAUUUCAAGAUUCCACUUGUCAUCAAGAAAGAAGGUGCUGCCGCUCAGGGGGAGGACUGCACCCUCACUACCUACAGCAAGUGGGAUCAGAUUCAGGAGCUGCUUGGACACCCCAUGGAGAAGCCUGUCGUGCUCCACAGGUCAUCCUCGGCAAAUAACACCAACCCCUUCGGCUCUACAUUCUGUUUUGGACUACAGCGAAUGAUCUUUGAGGUGAUGCAGAACAACCACAUAGCUUCAGUGACCCUGUACGGAGCCCCCAGACCCAGCAGCAGGGCCAGAGCCGAGGCCAUCGGCCACUGAACAGCAUCCCACUGGCACCCCAAGCCCCAACCCAUACCCGGCCUGAGGACUGUCUCCCCACCGCUCCAGUCCGCUCCACACCAGCCCUGGGCUGAUCAGCAGUGUACUCUCUGUCUCAGCCACUGCCAUCUUCACACCAGAGAGGCCCGCUAGGAGCUCCUCUGGACCCAUCUGCCCCUGUGUGACGGGCGCCUCAUGCGGGUCCUGCUAGGAGCCUUACGGCAGCCAUCAUCCCUUCUCCCUCUGACUCACCCUGUCCCAAUGCUCUUCAUCAUCAGAACACUUGUUAGAUGUGUUGACAGUGUACAUUUAUAUGACUGCGAGCAGAAACAAAUGCUCACCUGCGUGCAUGCUGUAGUUUUUUUAAUUGACAUUUUAAUACAUGAUUAAUAUACAUCAGAAACAGAUACCAAAAGCCUGCCACAGACACCAAAACCAUUUCAAUCCUUUCUCCACUAUAUGUUCAUGUUACCGAUUUUAAAACAUGCAUAUGGAUGCAGGCUCAUCUGCAGCACUAACAUAUCACGUACAUCAUGUCAUACGCAGACAUAUACACAUACAGAAACAACCAUGCAUGCACAUCAACAUAAACCAAUGCAUGCACACACAAACAAACAAUUGCAUGAACAUAGUUUUUAUUUUAUUUUUAAGAUUACAAGCACAAACUGGCCACACCUAAGAGUGUCCUAGUGCUUUGCAUGCUGUGAGGUGUACUGUCUUGGUACAUGAACAAACACACACAUACUGGCCCACACACACACAUUCAUACACUCAUGCCAUGACCAAGUCCACAGCAUAAGCCACCUCCUAUUGCAAGGCAGUGAAGCACCAAAUACAUUUAUAGUUUGUUUUGUGUUUUUGCAUGGAACGAUAAAAACAUUGGUUUUGACAUUUGCACUAAGAUACACCAUAUUUACUUGAUUCUUGUCUCCUAUCCACUGCGGAUUGUGUAUUUUGUUUCCAUUAGUGAUGACUGAGGAAAGGCUCUCGCUCCUCUGUCACCUGAAUUGACUUUGGACAGAAAAGCCAUGCUUCCUUCCUUCCAGAUGUACACCAUCUCCUCCGACGUCCACUGCUACUUCCUUCCAGAUGUACACCAUCUCCUCCGACGUCCACUGCUACUUCCUUCCAGAUGUACACCAUCUCCUCCGACGUCUACUGCUACUUCCUUCCAGAUGUACACCAUCUCCUCCGACGUCCACUGCUACUUCCUUCCAGAUGUACACCAUCUCCUCCGACGUCCACUGCUACUUCCUUCCAGAUGUACACCAUCUCCUCCGACGUCUACUGCUACUUCCUUCCAGAUGUACACCAUCUCCUCCGACGUCCACUGCUACUUCCUUCCAGAUGUACACCAUCUCCUCCGACGUCCACUGCUACCACUGUCCUUUACAACCUUCCUCCCCAUGCGCUCUCAUCAUUGCUCCCUUUCGCCAUCCAUUUCCCUUAUCUCUUUUUCUAUUCACAAUAUAUAUCUAAAUGAAUCCAGCUAAACCCCUUAGAUAUACUUCAUCAUUGCUGUCAUUCAUUAUAAUUUUUUUUGUUAAUUUGACAACAUUUUAGCCAAAGAUGUUUUAGCAUGUUUUAAGUUAUUGUCAUUUUAGUUUGUUGUCAACUUGACCUCUUGCCCAGAAGAGCAGACAUUCCCUCCUAAAACAAUAUAAAUUUUUAUUGCAGGCCCCAGAACCAUAAUCUUGAUCUCAUCUUAGUACUUCUUGAAUAUAUAUUCUUUAUAAUUGCUUUGUGCUUUUUAAUGCAGAUCUUUUAUUAUUCAGUUUUUACUCUAACCAAGAUGUCUUCUAUAUGUGUAGCAGGUAGAUUUGGGACUAUGUGCAGCAGUCUCUUCUGGUGUUUGGUGUUUGUACAGAUUUGUAAAUAGUGUGCCCUUUUCUUUUGGCUUGUCAUGUUAAGAUAAUGGUACGAUGCGGGCCUGAAUUGUUUUAAGGUCAGAGCACACGCCAGACACGACACUUGUAUUACAUAGGAAUUCUGUUUGAUGUCUCUCCCCCCCUAGUGGAGAGAACACGGUCUGGCUCCUAAACCCUGGGCCUGAAUGGUUCAUUCAUCUCUAUAGCUCAGCUUUAACCACUAUUAGUACUAGAGAUCGAUGCUGAAGAUAGGAUAAAUCAGAGACAAAGAUGGAUAGGGAAGGUAGCCCUGUACACUGUUUAGAACCCCCGGAUGUGUGUGUGGUCAGUCGCCCUGUUAUAGUGGGUUGAUCAUGUACUGGUGCCAGCCCCACUCAACCAGCCCUCAGCUUUGCAGCGUGUGAUGCAGGCGUAUUACAUGGGCAUGGUUUAUUCUCUUACAUUGACUUGUUUCAUGAGUUGCGAUGAAAAAAGCCUGUACUGCUGUUGAUGUUGUUAAAAUUGUAUCCCUUGCUUUGUUCAAGAUGUAUACAAAAAAAAAGCUACAAUCCUUUGUUAACGUUGUGCCUCAUUUCCUACCAAGCCUGUCUUGACUUCUCUCUGUAAAUGAAACUAUUGAACAGCAUUGAGUAUGACUGAGCAUGACAAGCUAACAUGAUCGACUGACUGUCACCCAUAGGCCAUCAUUUCCCUCUUGCUCCAAAAAACAUGACAAAUUGUAGAAUAAAGACUUGAUGUACAGUGCAGGUCCUGAGCUCAGUCAUGAAGGGCUAAUCCUCAUCUCUCAACAACCCCUGGCAUUCUGAUUGGAAGAUUUGCACAAUACAUUGUUUUGGUUUGUUCUAGUUGCUGGACACAGAAACAUGUAUAUCACUGAACAUCUCAUAGCAAGACUAUGGUUUUAACAUCAGUCUAACCAUCACCACCGGCCAACCCUUCAUGACCUGAGCUACACACACUGGUUGUUGGAGUUCAAAUACAAUGCAAUGCACUCCCGGCCUGGUACAUUUGUUGCAUCUGUUAUAACUCACUGUAGAUGAGUUUGCAUUUAUAGUAGCGAGCAAACGAAUGCAACACAACCAAUGUUGUGGUAACGUUACUGGAAUGUUACUGCUGAGCAUGAGCUGGGCUGUGUUUGCCCAAUCUCGGGUGGACAUAGAUCUUGUUUUAAAUGCCAGGAGAAAGUGAAUGCUUCCUUUUCAGCUGUUGGCUUUGGCUGUUUUAUUUCCUCUCAACUGAUCCUAUUUUUGCAUUGGAUUUAAUUAAUGACUGUAAUUUUAAAUGAACAACUUCAGUUGAGUUUAAUACUCUAUUAAUGCUAUGUAUUGUCUCCCUUUAUAUUGUAUGUUUUAUCCCCAUUCCCCAAAGUAGUUAUUUUUGGUGGAUUCAGUCAAUUUAACCCAGUUCUGGAAAUGGGAGUUAUCCUUAAUUCAACAUGUGAAUCAAAUUAGUUGGAAUCUGGUGUCAGAUAUUGGAUAGCUUUACUUCUGUACAAUAAAGAACAUGUAGAUCAACAUUAUCAAGCAUGUCAUAAAAAGCAAUAACCGUUGCUACGGUGAAUCAGAACGGUCUGCUUAAAGCUUACACAAUGCUCCUGAAUGAUGCGAGAAUGCUGUGAUUAAGAUGAGCUCAUCAUAAAAUCUACUGUCUGAAACUCAACAUUUUGAAUUUUAUAAAACUGCUCAUUCUGAAUUUUGUUCAUUUAAAAAAAUCCUGUUACUGUGUGUACAAAAAGGAUAUGAAAAUAUUGAUAAAUAAAUAUGACAAGGUCUUGA